AUGUCGAGCGAUGAUAUCGAGAAAUAUGCCAGCCUAGAUGCCAAAGGAUGGCGACCACGCUCGCCGCUGAGGCGCAGGCGACGGGCAGUCGCAUUGCAAUUGCUGAUCAUAAUGAUCGGCCUCUGGAUAUGUUAUGACUUGGUCGUCGGGCGAGUGAGCCUUUCAUCGCUGCAGAAGGCCAAUGACGGUUGGACUCAUGGUCAAGAUUCGCCGCCGAUAGAUGGACUUGAUACCUUGCUGGAUGAGACAGACGCGUCUGUGAAUCCCAGACCGACAGUGCUCGAGCCUACCGAGCCAGACUUGCCUCUCAACGAUACAGUGGUCGCCCCUGAUGAUCCAGUUGACCAAAAGCCGACCAUGCAAGAAACUGACAGUUUACCACUGCCCCAGAUUGACUUGAGCAUGUCACUCGAUCGGAUGAUCGCGCUCCUCCCGGACGAAAUGCGCAUUCAGAGCCUCCUACGACCUCUCGAAGCGACCGGCGAGGAACGACUUCGCGAUCUCGGACUGCGAACUCGCGAUUUCUGGGCAUUGUUCGAGGCGUGGGAAACCGUGCACCUGGUACCAGCUGAAGACGGCUUGUACAUCCGUGACGACAUUAUCCAGUACCUGCGACGACAUCCAGAGUUGGCAGAGAGCAUGGUGAUAAACACGACGGACGUGAUCCGCGCCUAUGAUUCAUAUCGCUCGCUCAUUACCCGACUGGCAACGCUACUCUUUCCGUGGACUGCGCCGCAUUUCCCGGACCAUAUUCAUCUCCACACGCAGAUCCACGGUGGCGGCCGGGGGCUGGUGUUUUCGGCCGGAGACAACCAAGCACCCUUUCUGCUCACUUCGAUUCCGGCCAUCCGCCAGUUGGGAUGCAACUUGCCAAUCGAAGUCAUGUAUCUGGGGGAUCAGGACCUGAGCCAGGAUAUGCGUGAGCAGUUGGAGGCGCUACCCGGUGUUACUACUCGAGAUCUGAGGCAGAUGGUGGACGACAAGGGCUGGAAAUUGGCUGGAUGGGCCGGGAAACCGUUUGCGAUCUUAUUUUCAAGUUUUCGGGAAGCGAUCUUCAUUGACGCCGAUUCCCUUUUCAUGCAGAAUCCGGAGGUCUUGUUUGAAGACGAGGCCUAUCAGAAGACGGGGGCCUUGUUCUUCAAAGACCGCCUCAUGAUGCCCGAGUCUAAGAAACGAUGGCUGCAAGAGGUCCUGCCCAAACCCGUGUCGCACAAAGCCAUGGGGAGUCGAUUCUGGACGGGUCAGAGUGGCCACAUGCAGGAAUCAGGGGUAGUUGUGGUGGACAAAUGGCGACAUUUCAUCGCGCUGCUUCUGGUGACGCGGAUGAAUGGUCCUGACCGGGACGGCGACAAGUCGCGGCACAAGGUUGGCGUUUAUGAUAUGGUUUACGGCGACAAAGAGACUUUCUGGCUGGGAUGGGAGCUGAUCGGGGACCUGGACUAUGCGUUCCAUGAUGGGGAUGCUGGAGUGAUGGGCACUCUGGAGAAAACUCCAACGGGAAAAAGUCACGCAGCACACGCAGAAACGACAAAGGCCAACACUACGGACCAGGCAACGGCGACUGCGCCAGAGAUGUACACCAUCUGCGCUCCUCAACUACUUCAUCUUGAUCGCAGUGGUCGACCUUUGUGGUUCAACGGCUGGCUCCUCCCAAAUAAAUUCGACAAAGGGAAGGCUCGAGAGCCGAGUCGAUUCGAGAGCUUCUUAAGCGAACCUCGAGAGAUCCGGGACCCGGGCGCCUGGCAGUUGCGGGCGAACAACAUCUGCUGCUUGACCUCGGAACAUAAGCAGGAAUUCAAUUGGGAUGAGAAACAGAUUCUGGAUAUGAUCAUUGAGUCAGGACAGCGUGCCGGUGUGCUGGAUACCAAGGGGACCUAA